GCGGCAUGGCCCGCACGCUUGACGUACCAGAGCGGCAGAUCUUAGUGGACUUCUUCGACGACCCCAACGGGUUUCGAUGGCAUAUGCGAUUGCUCGUCCUGGCCACGCCCAACCCUGGGCAGUGGAUAUGUUCGACGCCAGACCUGAGCAUUCAGUUCAUCGACGUCACCACCCACAGGGUGACCCCCCUCACGCGGGACUCGGAGUUCCCGCGGCGGGUCAGAGGCGAGGCCUACGCUUUCGAUCCGUUGACCCCCGAGGAGCUCCAGCAGGUCCGCCGAGAGGCCAAGGAGCUGCUGGCCGUGCACGGGCUCGCGGGGGGCGCGGACGCGCAGCCCGAGGGUGGGCGCUGGCUGAUCGCCGACCCCGCGCACCCGGGCUUCGGCGACGCGCUCCCCGCCGCGGCCCUCGCCGAUGCCGACAGCCUCAUCAUCCGAGGCGACCGCGGCCUCGCGCGUGUGGACGAGGACUGGCUCGCCGUGGAGAGGGUGCUGGACGAGGACCUGGACAACUGGAGGUUGCUCAAGUCGACGGGCGCGGGCCGCGACAGGCGGAUCCUCGGCGACGAGCGCGUGAACGGGGCCCUUCGGCCUGGCUGGCCCUUCCGCGGCGACGCCUGCGCCCCGGGGCUUGUCAUGGCCCUCGUCGCUGCGGGGGUCGUGUUCAUCGCUCACCACCUGGACUGGAGAACGAAGUCGGGGGUCAGUAACACGUCGGGGGUGUUCCGGACGCACCGCCGCAUCUGCGAAGGCCUCGACCAGGCCAUCUGCUACGACCAACUCGACUUCGCCAACUGCGCGGUCAUCGAGCACCUCGCCCGCUGGCUCUACGAGGCGGAGUCGGCGGUCAGGAGGAACCCGAAGGUGCCAGACUUCACGAACCUGGACGGCAUCUUCGCGGCUCCCAUGGCCGAGGACGGGCGGAUGCAGCUGCCGACCUUCUCCAAGUGGGUCUCCUCGCUCCGCCGCGACGAGGCCCAGAUCAUGAAGCAGGAGCGGCUCUGGGGCGAGGAGCACGGCAUCGACCACGCCAAGCACAAGGGCAAGGACGGCAACGGGCCAGGCCGCGGCGGCGGCAAGGGCCCCAAUCCCUCGGCCGAGCAGGGGCCUUCGGCCCCGGGGCGCCCGGGUCAACGGGGCAAGUCUUCUGUCGACGCCUGCUUCGACAACGCCUGCUGCCCGGGCGCCCCCCUCGUCGCCACCUCCGUGCUGACGCCCCUCGUGGACGCCCCCCUGGUCGGUGGAGGCCCCGACGUGAGCUACGGCACGGACGAGCUUGGCGGUCCGAUGAUGCGGGAGAUGGCCCUCGACCUGACCCCGCCAAGCCGUCGCCUCACGGAGGCGCAGCGCUCGAUCAUCUCGCGCGUCAGCCGGCGCAUCGAGAGCUACGGGGAACGACCCGACAUCCUGCCCGCCACCGCCUACGCCGACCUCAUCAAGAGUCACGAUUUGUACUCGGGGCAGCCGAUGAACCUGAAGCCGUACGACCCCAGCCUUCUCAAGGUACUCCACCGCGACCGACGCCCCCAGGAGCUCCGCGGCUGCCUGGGCACCGAGGGUCGCAUGUACCUGGACCACGCCGACGAGCUUAUCUUCAGGACUGAGGCCGAGCUUGACGUCCUCCAGGAGAGCGAGCUGACCCAGCCCAUCGCGCCGCAUCACGACCCGAUCCUGAAGAACAACCGCCGCGCCAGGAUAGACUUCAUCAAGCGCCUUGCCUCCGUAGGCCUCGUCGGGUUCAGGCUCUCCAUCCGCGGUCGCAUCGGCGCCUUCUGCGUGGGCAAGAAGGCAAGAAGGAGGCCGCCCCACACCGCCUUGGGAUCCGCUGGGGCCCUCGCAGGGCUCGACCUCUCUGACCAGGCCCUGCGGUCCCAGGGCGUCGAUCCCCAGGCGGCCGACAUCCACGCGGCGGGCCUGGACCUGAAGGAUGGGUUCUACCAGUUCGCGAACGACGACCUCGCGGAUUGGUUCGGGUUCAAAUGCCCCGAGGCCGCGCCCGACUUCGGCGACCCGCUCGUGCGCAUCCCCGCCGACGGCCGCUUCGUCCAGGUGUCGAGCGACACUCGGAUCUUCGCGGUCUUUCGGGGUCUGCUGAUGGGUUGGUCGUGGCCCCUCUUCUUCUGCCAGGAUCUCCUGGAGGAGGCCCAGUGCAAGGGCCUUCUGAGCUUGGGAUGUGAAGACGGAGGCCGCUUGGUGCACGAGAGGUGCCCCGCGCCCUUGCUGGCGCCCGGCUGUCCCCUGUCCAAGCCCUACGUGGACAGCGCCAACGUCAUCGGCCUCAGCCGCAGGGACACCGAGCACGCGCUGCGCGGCAUCCAGCACGUCCUGGACUACUUAGGCAUCGACUACCACGACCUGGUGGAGCCCACGAAGUUGUACACCACGGUGGGCGUCGUGCUCGACACGGCUGCGCGCCGCCUUCGCCACGCGGAGGCUCGCGCUUGGCGCCUGUACCUUGGCGUGGAGCAUCUGCUUCGUGUGCGUCGUGCGUCUGGCCGUGCCCUUCGAGUCGUGCACGGCCACCUGGUCAACCACUUCAUGAUCGCGCGGCCAGCGCUUGCGGCGCUGGACGAGGGGUGCCGCUUCAUCGCGCAGCGCCUGGACGAGCGGGCCCCCCUCGGCCGCCUCCUGCUGGGCGAGCUCCGCGCGGUGAAGGGUCUGCUGCUGCUGGCCGACGUGGACCUCGCCGCCCCUGGCUGGCCUUUCGCCGUCGCGGGGAACGGCGGCUACGCCCUCCGCGAGACGGCCUGCGUCGACUACGAGGUCAUGCAGGCUUUCAAGUACCGCGAGCGCUGGAGGUUCAAGAUGGAGGAGGAGGAGCUAGUCACGCCGGGGGCCCCGAGCGACGAGAUCUGCGGCUGGGCCCCUGAGCCCGCGGCCACCUCCGACCUGCUCAUCGCCGGCCUCCUGGCCCCCAGCUCCAAGCCGUCGGUGAUCGACAAGCGCCUCCCUCGCACGAGGGCCGCCAUCGUGCAGGGCGCCGUGCCAGCUCUGGACGACGCCCUCCUGGUCCGCAGUCGUUGGAAGAUGAUCGUGCGAGGCGCCUUCGGGUACAUGGCCUCCAUCCACGUGAAGGAGGCUCGGACUCAGCUCCUCGGCCUCGUCCGCGCCUCGCGCGAUCCCCGCAUGCACGGCCUCCGCGUCGGUAGCCCGGGCGACAACAUGGCGGCGCUCCUCAGCUUCGAGAAGGGGCGCGCCCGUGACAGGGCCCUCCUCCAGCUCUGCCAGGUCAGUGCCGCCCGCCAGAUCGGGCGCGAGAUCCAGUGGAAGCAGCGCUACUGCGAGUCAGGCCGCAACCCGACGGACGCCGACAGUCGUGCUGCUGACCUGGGACAUGUCCUACCUGAUCAUCCCCAGCGUGGCUGCUCGCGGGCCCUGGCCGUCAUCGAGUCGACCAACGCGGGGCUUGCCGCAGAGCCCGCGGGGCCCCCUGCUCGCGCGCGGCGCCUUGCACCCUUUGGGCCGGCCGCUGGCCUCCUGCCUGGCGGGGCGGCCGCGCGCCUAGCCAGGGUCGGCGCCUUCGCGCGGCGGAGGCCCCCUCGGGCUGGCGCCGUGCACGGGCACCCAGCGCCCGAGCCCUCUCGCGCUGCCCCACUGGCCACGCCGCGCGGACAGCCGUGCCGGCGCGCCCGCGGGGACCGCAGCCGCUGCCGGGCAUUUUGCGAGCUCUACGCGGGCACCGGCAGCUUCAAGGGCGGGCCUCGAGCUGCUCGUGCUUUCUUACGGAUUUCACGGCUAUGUCAUCAGUGCGGCAUCCAGUGGUCUCUGGAGAACCCGGCUGGGUCCAAGCUCUUCAACUGGGACCCCCUCGCGGACUUCCUGAAGACCCCAGGUGGCAAUUGGGCCCUCCUCCACUACUGCCAGUACGGCUGCGCCUAUAAGCAGCCCACGUACCUCGUGUCGAUCCUCCCAGAGAUCGCAUCUCUCGAGCGCCUCUGCCCAGGGAACCACAGCCGCGAGAUUCUCCAGGGCAAGGUAUCCCUCGCGACGCCCUCUGGGGCCAUCCGCAGCCAUUGGAAGACCAGCCUUGCGGGGGCCUACCCACCUGAGCUCUGCCGCAGAUGGGCUCGCCUCCUCGCGGCCUGUGCUCCCCGCGCUGCGCGCUGUGCUCAUGCCGGCGACACGCUCGGCGACCACUGGGGAACUGAGCCGGCGGCCAACUUCCCGGGCGGAGGCGCCCAGCCCCAGCGGCCGCAACCCUCCUGCCCUUCGGUGUCGCCGCCCGAGUGGCCCGCCUCGGCGCCGCAGCGGGCGCCGCCUGGCCCAAGCCUGCCGCCGCUGGCGGGCAGGCGCCGGGCCGGGGCGCAUGCAGCAGAGAGCGUCGGGGUGCGCCGGCGAGAGCGGGCGGUCGGCGCGGACAGGCCCUACCUCAAGCACCAGCGUGUCCAGCCCCGCACCGUCGCCUUGCACCGCGAGGCCCGCCGCAAGUUCAGCCAGUGGGCGGCCGAGCAGCACCUCCGCCAGGUGUCCAUGGGCGAGACAGACCUGGCCAUGACGAGGUACCUCGACCACAUGCACUUCCAGGGGCUCAGCAUCGUCCACUCCAGGAACGCCGUCCACGGGACGAUCUUCGUGAAGGACUUCCCGCGAAGAUCGCCGACCACCAUGCACCGUGCCAAGGACGCCCUGGCCGGAUGGUUCAAGGCAGGGCCCGACCGCGUCAGAGAUCCGCUGCCCUGGGAGGCUGCGGUGCUGAUCGCCGACAACCUCGCCGAGAGAGACCGCGAGGGGGUCGCCGCCGCUGGGGCCCUGCUCGUCAGCUUCGACGGGUACAUCAGGCCGAGCAACACCCUGGCCAUCACGAGCCGCGAGGUGAGCCUGCGCCAGGCGGGAUCCAAUCCCAACUACCCCAGCCUCGUGGUCACGAUCGCGCCUCAGGCCGACGACCACGGCCAGCAGCCCGCCCCAUCGACCAAGUCGGGGGACCACGACUGCACCAUCGUCUUCGGCGACCAGGCCAGCCUCAAGGCCAACAGGGGCAUCUGCCGCGACGCCCUGCUCUGGGCCUCGAGGAAGGCCCGCCGCGGCAGGCCCCUGUUCGACAUCAGCCUCGCGAAGUACGAGCAGCUUUUCAACCAAGCCGUGUCCGACGUACAGCUGAGCUCUCUCAGGGUCACGUCGCACUGUGCCCGGCGCGGAGGCCCGGGCACCGACGCAGCUCUCAAGCUGCGCCCCCUUGAG